GAGGUGGAUGGAUAGUGUGCUGUUCGGUUCCAGGUUUUCUGCUCUGCUGUACAUCGUUUCGUCACCUUCGCUACUGAGGCUGCGUUUGUUUGGUUAGGGUUUUGUGACUUCAACAGGAAAAGGUGGAGCGGGUGCUCAAGUUUCUGACCGGGUGCCAGUUUACUAAGCAAAGCUGCAAUCAUGUUUUGCGCUAUCUCAGGGGUAACUCCGGAGGAACCUGUGGUGUCAAGAAGGACUGGUCUUCUCUACGAGCGGAGGCUAAUAGAAAAGCAUCUUGCGGAAAAUGGGACUUGUCCAGUUACUGGGGAAAGUCUCCCAGCCGAUGACCUUAUUUCCGUGAAGACAAACAAGGCCGUCAAACCGAGGCCACUACAGGCGGCGAGUAUACCUGGAAUGCUCGGCCUCUUUCAAAAUGAGUGGGACGCGUUGAUGCUAUCCAACUAUGCACUCGAACAACAAUUACAUACUGCUCGUCAAGAAUUGAGUCACGCGCUCUAUCAGCAUGAUGCAGCGUGCAGAGUGAUUGCGCGACUGAAGAAGGAGAGGGAUGAAGCCAGGCAAAGAUUAGUACAGGCAGCGAGACAAGUACCCUCAACAGAAUUGGCUACACCAACUGCCGCUUCUGCGAAUGGCAAGAGAGCACCAGAAGCUGAAGCUGAACCAGCUGCUCCGGGCAAGAAAGCAAGACAGGGCAUUACCCCGGAAAUUAUUAAGGAGCUUACCGACUGCAAUGCUCGUCUUUCAGGCCAACGUAAAAAGCGCCAGAAUUCUCAAACACUUGCCACUGCCGAGGCUUUUGAGAAGUACACGCAAGUGGCCAGCCAUCCACUUCAUAAAACUGUGAAGCCGGGAAUAUGCUCCACCGACAUUCAUCCCACCAAGGAUUUCAUUUUGACUGGUGGCGUUGACUCCACGGCAAUCGUCUUCAACAAGGCCUCCGGGGAAAUUGUAUCGACCCUUGCAGGGCAUAGCAAGCGGGUGACCAGUGUAAAAUUUGUGCCAAGUGAUGAGCUUGUUCUCACUGGCUCUGCUGACAAGGUCAAGAAGAUGGGUCCUAUAACUGCAAGCACGUCUUGAAGGACCACUCCGCAGAGGUUAGAGCAGUAACUCUACACGCAACACACAACUACUUUGUCACCGCGUCACUCGACAAAACAUGGGGCUUUUACGAUCUCAGUACAGGUUUAUGCUUGACUCAGGUCAAUGAAGCUACCGUGCAAGACGGAUUCACAUCUAUUGUAGAUGUAUUGUUAUCAGGGGGCGUGUGGUUCUUGCUGGGCUUUCAGUACCACCGGAGCAGUAGAAGGUUCUAACUUUAUUGCCACAGGCAAGCUGAUCAGUUUGAGUGAGCAGCAACUCGUCGACUGCGAUCAUGUGUGUGACCCUGUAGACCCUCUAUCUUGCGACUCUGGUUGCAAUGGUGGACUGAUGACAAACGCGUAUGAGUAUAUCAAGCAAGCCGGAGGCUUGGAGAAAGAAGCAGAUUACAAGUAUACCGCCCAGGAUGGCAAGUGCAAAUUUUACUCUAACAAGCUCGUGGUGAAGGUUGCUAAUUUCACCGAGGUUCCAGUCGAUGAAGCGCAGAUGGGCGCAUAUCUCGUGAAUUACGGUUCUCUUGCCGUGGGCAUCAAUGCCGCAUUCAUGCAAACCUUCAUUGGAGGAGUAUCGUGCCCUCUUAUAUGCAGCAAGAGGAACAUCGAUCACGGAGUAUUGAUUGUUGGUUAUGGAGCCCGUGGCUUCACACCAGUGCGUCUGAGCUACAAGCCGUAUUGGAUCAUCAAGAAUUCCUGGGGAAAAUCCUGGGGAGAGGAAGGUUAUUACAAACUUUGCCGCGGUUAUGGCGAGUGCUGUAUUAGCACCAUGGUUUCCUCCGUGGCAGCUAUCGCCGUGAUCGAUACAUAAGUGGCUCAAACCCUGCGUUCACACCUCGUUGCCUCAGCGCUGUAGGAACGAAGAAAGUUGUCAAUAUACUUCGCAGAUACAGGGGACAGCAGUAAACGUUGGAGGUACAAGGUAAUGGUUACACAAUCUUGUAAAUAGCGGUAGUAUAUUAUCUGCUUCCCGAUGAGCAGUUCAGCAAAACAUCUGGAUGUAAAAGUUUAAAUCUGUAUUUUUUCUGUUGACUUUGGUAAAAUGUGUGAAUAUGUUUGUGA